AUGUUAGGAGAAACAGAUCAAAGUCAAUUUCUCAAAGGACGUGAAGCAACUGAGACAUCAAGUAAAAGAAUUGAUCAAGUUUCAUUACAAAAAGAUUCGAAAAGUUCAUCAGAUGGUAAUGAUAGAAGAUUUGGAAAACCUCAAUCAAAACCAAAAUUUGUCCGCCAUGGAAGUGAUCCACUCAAAGGAAUUGGAGGUUGGCAACUAUUUGGCUUGGAUUCUAAAAAGUUACCAAAACUAAAAAAUCCACAAGAUCUAAGUAAAGAUGAAGUAGGAGAAAGCUAUAGAAAUGAGUUUGUAACAACAGAAAAGAAAGAAUCAGAUCCCAAAAAGUCAAAAAAGAAAUUUCGAUUCAGUCUUAAAAUUAAAAAACCUGAUCAAUCUAAUGAUGUUAAAAAAUCAGAUGCAUCAACUACAAGUGAAGAACCCUUCAGCUUUGAAUCUGAUGCAGCUUCAUUUUCUUUUGAGACUCCUCGACGUGUCGGUGACGGCAUGUGA